AUGUAUAACGGACGAACGGGGGAAAAAGCGCACGCGCGGGCGAUGGUGGCGCGUAUUUUGAAACGCGUAGGUGCGUUCGGCGCGGAGAGAGCAACACUGAAGAGCGCGCGCGGGCGCUGUGUGCGCGGUGUUAGCGCCGCGCCGCCUCAGCCUCGACUGCCGGCAUGGAAAUUCGAUUUUUCUGACGUUUCCUCCGCGCCUUGCUUCGCCACGAUCGAACUGCACGCCACAUGA